CUGCUUCAGCUGCGCCAUCCCGCAACCCCACAUAGUGCCUCAGCUGAAAAAGCCAAAACGGUGAAAUAUAAAUAAUAGGCACCAAGAGUUUUGCCCAGAUACCUUUCUUUGACCCAUACUGCAAGCAUUUGUCAGGAUACAGCCACUCCUUGCGCGAGCGCAGUAUCAACCUCGCCAACAAAAUGCUCGGACUUGGGGGCCCCAACAUCAACUCGUUCGAGAACCAGCACCCGGACCUCGAAGCGAGCAUUUACCCCCGCGUGUCGGACCAAGAUGUGCUCUAUUCCUUGUCGGAAGCAUCGCUCCGAUCCGCCAUCUACGUCCCCACCGACUUCCAACACGGCCGUGACGGCAAGACCCCGGUCAUUCUCGUCCCCGGAACUGGCACCUACGGCGGCGAAGCCUUUGGCUCCAACUUCGUCAAGCUGUUGCGCGAGAGCGCCUUCGCCGACCCGGUCUGGCUGAACAUCCCCGGGCGGAUGUGCGACGAGUCGGCCCGCAACGCCGAGUACGUCGCGUAUGCGAUCCGUUAUAUCUCGACACGGUGUCAGGGAAAGUCCGUGGCGGUCGUGGGCUGGUCGCAGGGAUGCUUAUCGACGCAGUGGACGCUCAAGUACUGGCCCAGCACCCGCGAGCUCGUAAGCAACUUCAUUGCGAUCUCUGCCGAUUUCGCCGGCACGGUCGGUGCGUGGGCCCUCUGUCCCUUCAAGGGCACGCAACCCGGAACCCCGGCAGUCUGGCAUCAGACGCGGAACUCGAACUUCAUUGCGGCGCUGCGCUCCCACGGCGGGGACUCGGCCUAUGUGCCCACGACAUCCAUCUACUCUGCGACGGAUGAAGUGGUGCAACCGCAGUCGGGGAUGGGAGCGUCGGCGUACAUGAAGGAUGAGCGUGGGGUCGGGGUAACGAAUUGUGAGCUGCAAGUGCACGCGCGCCUCAAGCCAGCGGGACUGAUUUAUUCCCACGAGGCGGUGCUGUAUAACCCACUGGCGUGGGCACUUGCGGCGGAUGCCAUCCAGAAUGGGGGACCGGGGAGCUUCGAGCGGAUUGAUCUGGGCGCAGUCUGUAUGCGCAGCAAGGCGGCGGGACUCAGUCUGAUAGAUGCGACCAAGACACAGGCUUUGGCUGCCUGGGCUUUGAAGAAUAUUCUGCUCUUCACGCCGAAGCCCUGGCGGGAGCCGGAGUUACCGGCUUACGCUGCCGCAGAAGAGAAGACAUACGUGCCGCAAGAGCUAGUUGCAGAUGACCCCAAGGUUCCUGCUGUGCUCACCACUGAGAUUCCGGACACGCUUUCUGUUUAAUUGUUUCGGUGUCGGAGAACUGGGUUUGGCGUUUGGCAAUCUCGUCGAAAUGUGUGGUCGAGAGUUUGAGCUUGGCGUCCUGUCCUCAUUUUUGGUAAAAACAAUAAUGAUAAAUUCGUUUUCGUUAUUAGAGAUGAGAGCUUAUGUUGAAUGUGUUAGGUGUUAUAG